AUGAACAACUUAAUAAGCUACGAAACCCUUUUUGUUCGUGUAGCAGUGUAUUCGGUGCAAAAAUCCUACGGGCUCAGUCCAGACAUCACGAAACAAAUAGUGCAGGAACUUCUAAGUCAGUUACCAAUAAAUAAAAGUGGCCUCGCAUCUCAUCAGGAAGUGGUGUCGAAUAAUAUCGAUCAUGCCAUGCAAACAGCGAUAUCGACAACACCAAAGACAUUACCGCCAUGUCAAUCAUCGUCUAGGCAAUUAAACGAAAUAGUGGAUCCUCUUUACAUUAUAACACCCACAUACAGGCGACCAGAACAAAUCGCCGAACUGACAAGAAUGUCCCACACUUUGAUGUUAGUCAAGAAUGUUAAUUGGUUGGUUAUCGAGGAUGCAAAAGUUGCCACCAAGCACGUCACUAAACUUCUAGAGAAAACUGGUCUCAAGUUUGUUCACUUAGUUGCACCAAUGCCUGAAAAGUACAAGCUGAAGAAAGGAGCAAAGCCGAGAGGGGUUUCUAAUCGAAAUCGAGGCUUACAAUGGGUGCGUGCAAACGCAACGAAAGGAGUUCUCUAUUUUGCUGAUGACGACAAUACAUACGAUAUUGCUCUUUUCGACGAGAUAAGACAAACAAAACAAGUAUCCAUGUUUCCGGUCGGUCUCUGCACUAAAUACGGAUUAAGUUCCCCGGUCAUAAAAAAUGGAAAAUUUUCUGGCUUUUACGACGGCUGGGUAGCAGGACGAAAAUUCCCCGUGGACAUGGCCGGAUUUGCAGUAAAUGUGGAAUUCCUCCUGAAGAGGCCAAAUGCCUCGAUGCCCUACAGAGCUGGGUUUGAAGAAGACGGAUUUUUAAAAAGUCUCGCGCCCUUCGAACCCAGAGAAAUCGAGCUUUUGGCCGAUAAUUGCACAAAAAUACUCGCAUGGCACACACAAACUAAGAAAAACGAGCCUAGCGCCCCUCUCAACAUGACACUUUACAGUUCUACAAAUCUCGUUAAAUUGAAGCAACUAAUCGUAUGAUAUCCAAAAUUAGUUGCGAGGAAAAACAAUCAAGAAUUCGAUUCUCUACUCAGAAAACGAAGAUUCGAUCGACGGUCCUCUAGACAUGAUAAAAAGCGUCGAUUUGGACGAGAUUGUGGCGAAAUAUGUGAUGCAGUGCCUGAAAAUACUUCUUCCCUGAAACAAGAAGAGAAUGUGGGGCGAUUAUAAAUAAGAAAUUUGCAAUGUACGUUAUUCUGGCGUGCUGGCCUUGACCUCUUCAGUGAUGAUUGUUCGAUUGCAGGGACGUACGUGCCAGGAAGAAAGAAUUACUUCCUUCGAAGUAAUGUAUAUUCAUCGUUUCUUAACGUAUGAUAAAAUCAUGUAAUGAUAAGGAAUAAGUGGUCUCUUUGUCUUAUAAUAAGACUCAAACUGCACGCUCUUGCUUUGGUAAUUUUGUUCUCUAAUCGAAGACUGCUAGGUACUAUUAGCGACGAGAACAGAGAUUUCAAUCUAGCUCUAUAAUUUUCUCAAGGAGAGAAACCAAAUCCGCUGAUGUGAAGUUUCCUCACUCAUCGUCUUUUUAAAAGCGUUGUUUCCAUUUUUAGAUAAUUUUAUGCACUUUAAAGGCAUGUGACACAGCUAAAUACCUAUAUUACCGACCUCACUUUUUCAGUUCACUGAAUGUU